GUGACUGUUGUCACGGAUGCUCCUCCCCCUGAAAUAACACCCACCGUCGGAAGCGAACAGAUUGGUCACAUUAAGACCGUCAACUGCUCAUGCCCUUCUGGAGAAAAAGGUGAAAGAGGCUAUCCUGGGUUUGAAGGCCCAAGAGGUCAGAAGGGAGAAAUUGGACCAACUGGACUUCCUGGCCCAAAAGGAGAAAGAGGAGAACCGGGUGGGGCAUUUGGCCAAGCAGCAAAAGGAGAAAAGGGUGAACGAGGACUCCAAGGCUUACCUGGGCUGAUGGGGGAGAGAGGAGAAAAGGGAUCCCUCGGUGCACCUGGCAUCCCAGGGCGAGAUGGUGCCAGAGGAGAGGUGGGUGAGCCGGGACUUCCUGGAGCGGCUGGACUUCCAGGACCAGCAGGGCCGAAGGGAGCUGAUGGUCAGCCAGGGCCCCCAGGACGUCAAGGUUAUGUCGGAGCUCCCGGUUUGCAGGGAGAAAGAGGAGAAAAGGGACCCCGUGGGGACAAGGGAGAACCGGGACUUGACGGCUUUCCUGGGAAACCUGGUACAGAUGGAAUACCGGGCACUAUAGGGAGUCCAGGACAAACUGGACCUAUGGGAUCCCCAGGAGAAAAGGCUGUUCGAGAAAGAGCCCGCCGGCAUUUGAAACCAUCGCCCAGAACCAAUCUAACCGUUUACGCUCGGUGGAAGCUGGAGUCAGUGAAAGGUAUCUGUAAUCUGGAGAACCUAAGUUCGAUUCCCUACUUCCACCUUCCACCAACAACGCCGAUUUGUUCCAGCGGACCGUUUAGAUAA